AUGAAGAUUCUCAGUGUGGUUCCCGCCAGCGCUUUUACUUUCUUGUUGCUUCUAGGGUCUGUCGUUCAAGGAUAUAUAAUGAUAAAAUGCUCUACUGAACGAACUUUUCCAAUCGGAGAGAUGCGAGAAGAGGCAUCCAAAGCUAGUUAUGAAUUUGUACAUGACCAUCACCCUUUAGGUCCCGAUGGGCAAAAGUGCAAGGGAUAUCAGCUCCAAAUUUCAUCAAUUCAAGAAAGAAUCGUAGAGGAAUACUUGCUCCAAGUUUGUGGCCUCCUCAAAGACUUCAGAAUGUAUGAACGUGUUGAUGGUGUUUGGACAAGAUGUAGACCAUAUGACAAUGGUAUACGGUGGAUAUGA